AUGGAGCCUGCUACCUCAAUCUGCCACAUCCCGGGCGGCUACUCUGUCACAGCUGUAACAACGCCUAAGGAUGUUGAGGAUACAGCAGCGCUAUUCCAAGAGUACGCUGUCUCAUUGGGGAUCGACCUGGCAUUCCAAGGCUUUGACUCCGAAUUAGCCAAUCUCCCAGGGAAGUACAGUCCUCCAACUGGAUGUCUCUUAAUUGGCAGAUCCAGCAAUGGCGAGGCAAUCGGGUGCGUUGGGCUGCGAUCCUUGGAUGCCGAUACGUCUGAGAUGAAACGGCUCUAUGUAUCCCCCUCAGGUCGCGGCAGUGGACUUGGCAAGGCACUCGCACAGCAAGCUGUAGAACAAGCAAGGCGGCUAGGUUAUCGUAGGAUACGGUUGGACUCUCUGCGCAGUAUGAAGGGUGCGCGGGCAUUGUAUGCAAAACUGGGAUUCCUUGAGAUUGAGCCCUAUUACAAUAAUCCAGAAGAAGGCGCUUGUUUUCUAGAGCUAGUACUACGCUGA